CUCGGUUUGAUUUCUUUGUCGUAAAAAUCCAUUUCCAGAAACUUCACGCGCGAUUUGUUUAUACAUUUUCUAAGCAUUUCCUUCGUCUUCUUCUCUUGUUAUUUUCUUUUGUUUGUUUUUAUGAUUUUUAUUGGGGUGGUUUAGUUUAAUUUCGUGUUUUUUAAAAAAAAAUUGAAUUUUGCUAAACCGGCGGCGAUGCCGACACCGGUAAGCACGGCGAGGCAAUGUUUAACGGAAGAAACAGCACGUGCAUUAGACGACGCUGUGGCCGUCGCGCGUAGGAGAAGCCACGCUCAAACGACGUCGCUUCACGCCGUUUCCGGUCUCUUAACGAUGCCUUCGUCGAUUCUCCGGGAAGUGUGCAUUUCACGCGCCGCCCACAGCACGCCGUACUCUUCCCGUCUCCAAUUUCGCGCGCUGGAGCUCUGCGUCGGCGUAUCUCUCGACAGACUCCCUUCCUCGAAAUCACCGGCGGAGAGCGAGGCGGUGGAGCCGCCGGUAUCGAACUCGCUCAUGGCGGCGAUCAAACGCUCUCAGGCGACUCAGAGAAGGCACCCGGAGACUUAUCACCUCCAUCAAAUCCACGGUGGGACUACUCAAACGACGUCGGUUUUGAAGGUCGAGCUUAAGUAUUUUAUUCUGUCGAUACUCGAUGACCCGAUUGUGAGCCGGGUAUUCGGUGAAGCCGGGUUUCGGAGCACCGACAUCAAGCUCGACGUGCUUCAUCCUCCGGUUACGCAAUUCGCCACGAGGUUUCCGCGAUCUCGUUGUCCGCCUCUCUUUCUGUGCAACCUCCCGGAAUCUGAUUCGGGUCGGGCUAGAUUCGGGUUUAGCGGCGAUUUCGACGAUAAUUGCCGGAGAAUCGGCGAGGUUUUGGGCCGGAAAGAUAAGAAGAAUCCUCUGCUUGUUGGGAUUUGCGGUGGUGAAGCUCUUAAAACGUUUGCUGAUUCGAUUAACAGAGGAAAGUUUGGGUUUUUGCCUCUGGAGAUUAGUGGGUUAAGUGUAGUUAGUGUAGAGAAAGAGAUUAGUGAGAAUUUAGUCGACGAAUUAGGAAGAAUCGUUGAGGAAAAUUGGUCGAGAUCGAAAACCAAAUCAGGGAUUGUUCUAAAUCUGGGAGAUUUAAAGGUUUUGACCGGUGAUGCUCUCGUGUCGAAGCUCUCGGAUCUGUUGAAGCUUCACAGCGAGAGACUCUGGUUCAUCGGGAGUGUUUCGAGCAACGAGACGUAUUUGAAACUGAUCGAGAGGUUUCCGACGAUCGACAAAGACUGGAAUCUUCAUCUUCUUCCGAUUACAUCAUCGAGUCAAGGGGUUUAUCCAAAAUCCAGUUUGAUGGGAUCAUUUGUUCCAUUUGGAGGGUUUUUCUCAUCAACAUCAGAUUUCAGAGUACCGUUUAGUAACUCAAUGAACCAUACUCUUCCUCCUCGGUGUCAUCUCUGCAACGAGAAGUAUGAGCAAGAAGUCACAGCCUUGGCUAAGUCCGGUUCAAGUCUCUCACUAACCGAUGAUCAGUCUUCAGAGAAGUUACCUUCUUGGUUACGAAAUCAAGACAAAGGGAUUCUCAUAAAGGUUAAAGAUGAUCCAAACGCAUUAGCCUCUCGGAUCCCUGCUCUGCAGAAGAAAUGGGACGACAUUUGUCAAAGGAUCCAUCAAACUCCGGCGUUUCCUAAACUCAGUUUCCAGCCAGUGAGACCACAGUUCCCGCUUCAGCUUGUUUCCUCUAGCCAGACCAAGACGAGUCUCGCGACACCAACCGAGCUUAGCGGUCGGAUUAGGAUGUCUGAAAGCUUUCAUGGGAUGUCGGCUCAAGCGCAGAAUCCAACACACCAGCCCGGUUUAUCAGUUAAAAUCUCGAAGCCAAAACAUACAGAGGUAAUCACAAGCCGCACAACGAACUCGCCUUUGAGCUGUGUCACGACAGAUUUAGGUUUGGGAACAAUCUACGCGUCGAAGAACCAGGAGUCAAGCACACCAGUGUCUCUUGACCGGAGAGACUCUCUGGUGGUUAUCAAAGAGAAACCGUUGUUGGCGGCUGCUUCACGGUAUUGCAGAGAUUUCAAGUCUCUCAGAGAACAACUGUCUCGGAAAGUCGGCUUUCAGAAUGAAGCAGUGAACGCCAUUAGCGAAAUCAUAUGCGGAUACAGAGGAGAUGAGUCAAGGAGAAGAAGCCAAACAGCUUCAAAUGUUUGGCUCGCGCUUUUUGGACCCGAUAAAGUCGGGAAGAAGAAAGUAGCUUCGGCUCUUGCUGAGAUCUUGUGCGGUGGUCAAGACAACUGCAUCUGUGUGGAUUUCAAGGCACAGUUCAGCCUCGACGAUAGAUUCAGAGGAAAAACUGUCGUUGAUUUCAUUGCCAGCGAAGUGGCAAAGCGUGGCGCAGAUUCUGUUGUUUUCAUUGAAAACGUGGAGAAAGCUGAGUUCCCUGAUCAGAUCAGAUUGUCUGAUGCUGUGAGAACUGGAAAGCUCCUUGAUUCGCAUGGGAGAGAGAUCAGUAUGAAAAAUGUUAUCGUUGUUGCUACUACUUCCGGGAUUGAUAAAGAUAGUGAAGAGCCUGUCAAAUAUUCCGAGGAAAGAGUGCUCAGUGCCAAAAACUGGAAACUUCAGAUAAAACUAUCCGACGAAGCUUCAACUGUUAACAAGAACGGUCUAAAUAAGAGAAGACAGGAUGAGUCAGAAACAGAGGUUACAGAGCUUCGAGCACUUAAGUCUCAACGUUCGUUUCUCGAUCUUAAUCUUCCGGUGGAUGAGACAGAAGCAAACUCUGAUGAAGCGAAUGCAAUGUCCGAGAAUACAGAAGCUUGGCUUGAGGAUUUUGUCGAGCAAGUAGAUGGGAAAGUUACAUUCAAUCUGAUUGACUUCGAUGGGUUAGCAAAGAACAUAAAAGAGAACAUCUUUUCGCAUUUUCGUCGGUUCUUUGGACCUGAAAUGCAUCUAGAGAUCGAAAACGAUGCGAUCCUUCGGAUUCUAGCUGCCUUAAGAUGGUCAUCAGAUGAAGAGAACACAAUUGAUCAAUGGCUUCAAACUGUUCUUGCUUCAAGUUUCGCUGAAGCGAGACAAAAGUUUGUUUCCACUUCUUCUUUCGCUGUGAAACUUGUCGCGUCCAGAGAUUCUACGGCUGAAGAGGAAACCGCCGGAAUACAGUUUCCAGCGAGAGUUGAAGUGAUCUGAUUAUUUCGGUUCUUAUAAUAUGGUGAUGAUAGUUAUAUAGGAUCUUCUGAGAGUUUUGUCAUCGGCUUGGUUUGAGUUUGUGCUUUGUCACUAAAUGUAUAUUAUAGGCUUAAAGCUGAGCUUAAUCUGUGGUACGUAGCUUUUAAAGGAGUGCCAAAUUGUCACAGCUUUUGGUUUUAGCUUUUUAGGCAUCUCUUCUUAAUUUUUUGUUCUUCUUUCAGUUGGUCUUUGCCCUAAGUUCGAUUAUUAUAUCAUCGAAUGGUUAUUUGUA